AAAGCCAGGAUGAAGAGGAGGUUUGAGAGCAUAUGUGAAGGCAUCAUAAGGUCAGGGACUCAAACACUCCUGAACAAGAUCUACACAGAGCUCUACAUCACAGAGGGAGAGAGUGAAGGGGUGAAUAAUGAGCAUGAGGUUUGGCAGGUAGAGUCAGCAUCCAGGCCACAAACCACAGAAGACACGGCAAUCAACUGCAAUGAUAUCUUCAAGCCCUUACCUGGACAGGAGAGACACAUCAGAACUGUGAUGACCAAGGGAAUCGCUGGCAUUGGAAAAACUGUCUCGGUACAGAAGUUUAUCCUUGACUGGGCAGAGGAGAGAGUUAACCAGGAUGUAGAUUUCAUGUUUGUGCUUCCGUUCCGUGAGCUGAAUUUGGUCAAACAUGAUCAGUACAGUCUUCACAGGCUCCUGCUUGACUUCCACCCUGAGCUUAGAGAGCUACAGGAUAAUGAAUACAAAGACUGCCACAUUGUGUUCAUCUUUGAUGGUUUGGAUGAGAGUCGACUUCCACUGAAAUUCCAAGAAAAUCUGAAUAUUUCUGAUGUGACAGAAACAUCAUCAAUGGAUGUGCUGAUGACGAGCCUCAUUCAGGGAACUCUUCUCUCCUCUGCUCUCAUCUGGAUAACCUCCCGACCAGCAGCAGCCAGUCAGAUCCCUUCUCAGUGCAUCAAUCAGGUGACAGAAGUGCGAGGGUUCAAUGACCCACAGAAGGAAGAGUACUUCAGGAAGAGGAUCAGUGACCAGAAUCAAGCCAACAGAAUCAUCUCACACAUUAAGGCAACGAGGAGUCUCCACAUCAUGUGCCACAUGCCAGUCUUCUGUUGGAUCUCAGCCACUGUCCUUCAGCAGAUACUGGAACUGGGGGGAAAAGGGAAGAAAGCCCCUAAAACUCUCACAGAGAUGUUCAUACACUUCCUGCUCAUCCAGACCACCAGGAAGAGCCAGAAGUAUCAAGAGGAAAGUCAGACAGAUAGACAGAGGCUCCUGGAGUCACAUAAAGGUGUCAUAUUGAAACUGGCAGAGUUGGCUUUCAAGCAUCUGGAGAAUGGCAAUCUCAUGUUCUAUGAAGAAGACCUGAGAGAGUGUGGCAUUGAUGUCAGUGAAGCUUCAGUGUACUCUGGCAUGUGCACUGAGAUCUUCAGAGAAGAAUGUGUGUUUCACCAGAAGAAGGUCUACUGCUUUGUGCAUCUGAGCAUCCAGGAGUUUCUAGCAGCCAUGUUUGUGUUUCAUUCCUACAUGUCUGGAAAUCUGGAGUUGCUGAAAUCUUUCCUUCCUAAAAGACAUGGAGACAAUCAAGUGUCCCUUCCUUUGCAUAUCCUGUUGAAGAGAGCUGUGGACAAGGCUUUGGACAGCGAUAAUGGACACCUGGACCUUUUCCUCCGCUUCCUUGUAGGCAUCUCAGUGGAGAGCAAUCAAGCCCUCUUGCGAGGCUUAUUGAAAAACACACACAGCAGCUCAGAGAGCAUCCAGAAAACAUGUCAAUACAUCAAAGUUCUUAAGGGGAAGUCUCCUGAAAGAUGCAUCAAUCUUCUUCACUGCUUAUUUGAAAUGAACGAUCAUUCUCUGCAUCAAGAAGUCCAAACCUAUCUCAAAUCUCCAGAUGGCCUCUCAGGUGAAUUGUCACCUGCCCACUGUUCAGCAAUGGCCCACAUGUUUCUGAUGUCUGAGGAGGUGCUGGAUGAGUUUGACUUGAGCAAAUACAAAACAUCAGAGGAGGGACGGAGGAGACUGUUGCCAUCUUUGAGAUGCUCCAGGAAGGCUCUACUUGCUGGCUGUAAGCUAACAGAGAAGUCCUGGGAGAUUGUGGCCUCAGAACUGCAGUCUGCAAACUCCUCCUUAAGAGAGCUGGACCUGAGUCAGAAUGACCUGCAGGCAUCCGGAGAAAAGCUGGUCUCUUCUCUUCUGAGUCCAAACUGCAAACUGGAGACACUGAGACUUGUUGGCUGUAAACUGAAAGGGGGAUUUUUGGCUUUGGCUCACAAGGGAGCAAACUCCCACCUAAGAGAGCUGGACAUGAGUGACAGUGAGCUUCAGGACAGUGGAGGAGAACUGCUCCAUCAACCACUGAAUGAGGACUGUAAAGUGAGACUCAUCAACUGUAGACUCAAACACAGCUCCUGUGUGGUUGUGGUCUCAGUUCUGCAGUCAUGCAUUUCUCAACUGAGUGAGUUGGACAUGAGUGGCUGUGAUCUGCAAACAUCAGAAGAGAAGCUGCUCUCUGGUCUUAGAAACCCAAACUGUCACCUGGAGAAACUGAGACUUGUUGGCUGUAAACUGAGAGGAAGAUUUUUGGCCUUGACUCUUCAGUGGGCAAACUCCCAACUUAAAGAGCUGGACAUCAGUGACAGUGAGCUUCAGGACUGUGGAGGAGAACUGUUCCAUCAACCACUGAAUCCAGACUGUAAAGUGAGACUCAUCAGCUGUAGACUCAAAGACAGCUCCUCUGAGGUUGUGGUCUCAGUUCUGCAGUCAUAUAUUUUUCAACUGAGUGAGUUGGACAUGAGUGGCUGUGAUCUGCAAACAUCAGAAGAGAAGCAGCUCUCUGGUCUUAGAAACCCAAACUGCCACCUGGAGAAACUGAGACUUGUUGGCUGUAAAGUAAAAGGACGAUUUCUGGCUUUGAUUAUUCUGUGGGCAAACUCCCACCUAAGAGAGCUGGACAUCAAUGACAGUGAACUUCAUGACUGUGGAGGAGAACUGCUCCAUCAACCACUGAAUCAAGACUAUACAGUGAGACUCACCAGCUGUAAACUCAAACACAGCUCAUGUGAAGCUGUGGCCACAGUUCUGCAGUCAUAUCAUUCUCAGCUGAAUGAGUUGGACAUGAGUGGCUGUGAUCUGCAAACAUCAGAAGAGACAAUGCUCUCUGGUCUUAGAAACCCAAACUGCAACUUGGAGAAACUGAGACUUGUUGACUGUAAACUGAGAGUAAGAUUUCUGGCCUUGACUCUUCAGUGGGGAAACUCCCACCUAAGAGAGUUGGACAUCAGUGACAGUGAGCUUCAGGACUGUGGAGGAGAACUGCUCCAUCAACCACUGAAUCAAAUCUGUAAAGUGAGACUUACCAGGUGUAAACUCAAACACGGCUCAUGUGAAGCUGUGGUCCUGCAGUCAUAUCAUUCUCAGCUGAGUGAGGUGGACAUGAGUGGCUGUGAUCUGCAAACAUCAGAAGAGAAGCUGCUCUCUGGUCUUACAAACCCAAACUGCCACCUGGAGAAAAUGAGACUGGUUGGCUGUAAACUGAGAGGAAGGUUUUUGGCCUUGACUCUUCAGUGGGCAAACUCCCACCUAAGAGAGCUGGACAUCAGUAAGAGUGAGCUUCAGGACUGUGGAGGAGGAGAACUGCUCCAUCAACCACUGAAUCAAGACUGUAAAGUGAGACUGAUCAGCCGUGGACUCAAAGGCAGCUCCUCUGAGGUUGUGGUCUCAGUUCUGCAGUCAUAUAUUUCUCAACUGAGUGAGUUGGACAUGAGUGGCUGUGAUCUGCAAACAUCAGAAGAGAAGCUGCUCUCUGGUCUUAGAGAUCCAAACUGCCAGCUGGAGGAACUGAGACUUGUUGGCUGUAAACUGAGAGGAAGGUUUUUGGCCUUGACUCUUCAGUGGGCAAACUCCCACCUAAGAGAGCUGGACAUCAGUGACAGUGAGCUUCAGGACUGUGGAGGAGAACUGCUCCAUCAACCACUGAAUCACGUCUGUAAAGUGAGACUCAUCAGCCGUGGACUCAAAGACAGCUCCCGUGAGGUUGUGGUCUCAGUUCUUUCAUAUAUUUCUCAACUGAGUGAGUUGGACAUGAGUGACUGUGAUCUGCAAACAUCAACAGAGAAGCUGCUCUCUGGUCUUAGAAACUCAAACUGCCACCUGGAGAAACUGAGACUUGCUGGUUGUAAACUAACAGAGGAAUCCUGUAAGGCUGUAGCCUCUGCUUUGCAGUCCUCCAUCUCCCUAAAGGAACUGAUGCAGUUUUAG